CGGUGCGUCGUCUCUAUGGUGGCGGCGGAUUUGGAGGGACCUGAGGAUCGCGGCGUCAGGAUGUUCCGCCGAGAGCGCUGCAUCCCACUUCGUGGCUCUGCCGCCGCCCUGUCUAACAACCUCAGUGUACUGCAGCUUCCAGCCCGUGAUCUCACGCAUUUUGGGGUGGUUCAUGGACCGAGCGCCCAGCUUCUCAGCGCUGCCCCUGAGGGUGUGCCUUUGGCCCAGCGCCAGCUCCAGGUUAAAGAGGGCGCUGGAGUGAGUCCCCCACUUAUCACUCAGGUCCACUGGUGUGUCCUCCCCUUCAGAGUACUGCUGGUCCUCACCUCCCAUCGAGGGAUACAGAUGUACGAGUCCGAUGGCUCCGUCAUGGUUUAUUGGCAUGCCUUGGACUCCGGAGAUGCUUCUUCAGUACAGGCUAUGUUUGCCCGAGGAAUUGCUGCCAGCGUCCACUUCAUCUGUGUGGGUACGUGGUCUGGUCGGGUACUGGUCUUUGAUAUCCCCGCUAAGGGUCCCAACAUUGUACUGAGUGAGGAGCUGGCUGGACACCAGACACCAAUCACGGAUAUCGCCACUGCAGAUGCCCAGGGACAGGAUGGUGUUGCUGACAUGGUGACAGCAGAUGAUUCAGGUGCUCUGUGUGUUUGGAGGUCAGGACCUUCGUUCACCAUACUGACCCGAAUACCAGGAUUCGGGGUGCCAUGCCCCUCUGUGCAACUGUGGCAGGGGAUUGUGGCAGCAGGAUAUGGAAAUGGACAGGUGCGUCUGUAUGACGCCCUCACAGGAGCCCUCCACAUCCAGAUCAAUGCCCACGCCCGGACCAUCUCUGCCCUGGACCUAGCUCCAGAGGUGGGCAAGCUACUGUCUGCAGCUGAGGACACCUUUGUGCACAUCUGGAAGCUAAACAGAAACCCAGAGAGUGGCUCUAUUGAGGUGGAACACUGUCACGGCGAAUGUAUUUCUGACACCCAGGUGUGUGGUGCUCGGUUCUGUGAUCCAUCUGGCAGGUCCUUUGCUGUGACGGGUUAUGACCUUGCUGAGAUCAUGAGAUUCAGCAGUGUCUGAGAGGAGCAGUCUUCCCUUCUCCUUGGGUAUUUAUAAAGGAUUCCCUCCAUCAAG